AUGGAUUCUAAACACAUUCUCGAAGAGGAGCUGCCACCUCCUUAUACUAUUAAUACCGCACUCAGCUCAGAUUCAUCAGAGAACUAUCCAGCCACCGCCUUAGAACAGCACCUAGAAUGCCUAACGAACCGUAUUCGCCAGGCACAAGAGGCUCGUUCCAUUCAGCAAUUAUUCGACGAUGACUCACUUCUUGAACUCAUAGUACCCGAGAUCCAUGAUUUCCUAGCAUAUCUGGGCACGCAGGAUACUACGCCCAAGCUCGCUCAUCUGACCCUCGUCCCUGACGGCGCUGUCCCGAAUAAAGCGGUCCUGAGCGGUAUGGAAGAGAUGCGGAAGCGCGGAGAGGCUUGUCGGGUGGCGAGAGUGAAUUGUUUCAGCGGUGAUAGUGAAAAGCAAGGGGCUACCGCUGAUACUGCUGCUGCAGCCAAUAGCGAAGACUGGCCUGUUGGUCGAGAGUUCAGCGACUGGGGAAGAUUCGGAGAUGAAAAUUCUUCUUCGUCUCCUUCUUCUUCGAAGAACACGCGCAGCUUAUUAUGGUGGAACGAUGAGAAAAUGGCCCGUCGGCUCGCGCGCCUUUUACAACCUUCCCCGACGACAGCUCCGCCUGCACCACCACCACCACCACCUAUUGUUCAGACUCACGUGCAGGCAGCUGUUGAAGCACGUAUACCGCCGCAGAAAGAGAAGAGAGGUGGAUGGGGGCUCUGGGGAAAGAAAGGAAGCUCUUCCUCUUCUGGAAGAAACGAGACUUUUGCGACGAAGAGUGUGAAGAGUGAUGUUGAAAUGCUGCGGGGCAAGGGGGAGGGUAGCGGGGUAGGGGUCCCCGCCACGAAGAAGAGUAUAGAAAAGGGAACUGGGAAAGAAAGUAAUGGCGCGAAGAUGGUGAUUACUGCGGAAGAAGUCGCGUUUCGACUAGAAAAUGAGUUUGGAUUGAUUGAGAGUAUUCGGGGAUGGGCUGUUGUGGUUGUUGUGCAGGUUAAGACUUGA